AUGGAUCAAGGGGGUUCCUUACCAUGGCCGGAGCAGCUCCAUGAGCAGUCGCUCAUCCCUGGUCCCAGCGAUGAGGAUUUUACCCAUUUCCUGGAGUUUGGCAUGAACUUCGCCGAUAUUGAGGGGCACGAGCGACAGCAGCGAUCCCUGCCGAAUGCGGCUGUCACGAUGCCUACGACGACUGCUGAGGAGCUCGUACGCAUGGAGACUGUUCCCACUUCACACCCCUCGCCUUUUGGCCAGAUGAUGGGCGGUCUGUCCUUGGAGAUGCAGCAACGCGCUGCUCACUCCCAGCCGCAGCAGGCCCAGAUGCAUCCCGCUUAUAGCAACCCAGGCAUGACCCCUGGAUUUUACGCGCAGGAGCCUCCGCCGCACUCACAUCCGCCCAGCCAGCAGCAACACUAUGCCUCAGGGCAGACCAUCAUUCCACCCACACCCAACAGUAUCGAGCUCCAUGGGGGCGCCGCUCGGUUCACGCAGCGAGUCGAGGAGAGCCAGGAUAUGUACGAUCGGUACGCGCAUAUCAACGAAGAACAGGCGCUCUACACCCCACUCAUUUCACCAGCCAUGACCCCACUGGAGACUCAAUUCAGGCUCCCCGAGUAUACGAUUCCUGGCGAAUACUUCACUCCCCUGACUUCCCCAGCGCUCGAGGCCCAGAACCCCGGUGCCAAUGGCUAUCCCUUCGCUCGACAGGUCUCCGAUGUGGGCUUCGUCCCGUCCCCCGUGGAUGUUAAUCCCAUCCCCGUCUCUUCCGCCCCCUCAUCCCCCGGUAUUUUGAGAAAGCACCGUCGACAGCCGUCCACAAAUAAGAGGCUCACUAACAGAGGAGCCAAACAAUCGCCCUUGGUUCGCCCACAGUCUCGAAAGAAAUCUCUCUUGAAUAUAAAUGAAGAUAUCCUCGGCGGCCUCGUUCAGGAACCGGGGAGCAGCAGGAUCGCGGCCAACAGCGGCAGUUCGCUUCGCUAUGGCAGCAAUGAAAGUUCGGGCCAGGACUCGGUCUCCCCAGAACCGCUGUCAGAGCCUUUGAUGCCGCCCCCGGCGCUACCCCAGUCCCGCCCGUCGCCCGCAAUCGUUCCGCAAACUGCGGCCACGCGAAGCAAUGAGGCCGCAACCCCCGCUACGCUGAUGCGUAUCCAACGCACGCCUCUUGUACAGAGCUCCCCCACCCAAUUCUCCGGCCAGGCAGGCCUCAUUUCAGAAGAAACACAUGACGACAUCAUGGAGGACAUUGUACUACCUGAAGCAGCCACGCCGGCGAUCCAGCCGCGCCCUAAGCUCGCCCGGAUCGAAACGACGAUGGCUACAGAGAGCGCGAGUCCAAUCAUCUCUGCCAGUGUAACCCCCUCCAUCGAGUCUAGGUCUGGUUUCGUUGGUGAUCGCACCCCUGGAUCUGUCGCGCCCAGUCCACGCACAUUAGCGAUGCCUUCGCCAAGUGGACCUGUUGCGAAGAAAUCCGACUCCCUAAAGCCGGGGAUGUCUCGUAAACGCCAAAGCAUGAGCUCCUCACAAAUGAGUCCGCCGUUGCGCCCCAAGAUUAGUCCCAGUAUCCAGCCCUCUGUUCGCGGCGAUGGCAUCACAAGCGAAGCGUCUGCGUUGUAUCUCGCAUCCAAGUCGAACUACCAGCACAUCCUUGAUGGUACCCUUCUUCCUGGAGUAUCGUACCCUGAUACGCUUGCCGAGAACCUCAGUUCCAAACGCACGAACCACAAGCUAGCCGAGCAGGGUCGGAGAAACCGUAUCAAUAACGCCCUAAAGGAGAUCGAGGCGCUAUUGCCUCCGGGAUUCGCAACCAGCCGAAGCGCCAAGGAAAGCGGCAGCUGCACUCCCAAGGCCGAGAAGGACAAAGAGAAGGAAAAGAGCAGCAACCAGGCGAUCAGUAAAGCGAGCACUGUUGAGAUGGCCAUCGAUUACAUCAAGGCCCUGAAGCAGGAACUCGACGAAGCGCGGGAGAAGCUCAAAGUUGCCGAGGCCCAGCUACAAAAUCAACCACAAAAAUCAUCCACGCCCGCUCAAGCCGACAGCGACACGGCCAAUAAUCAGGCUAAUCUAGAGGUUUCAAUGCAAAACGCCACCUACUGA